GAGGCUUGUGCUUAACUCUAUUUUCCACUAUACUAAUUGAUGUGCCCGUUGAACAUAAAUACCCUUCCCCCGCAUGGGAGUGGUGUCGGAAAUGCCCUCUACCCCUUUUUGCCCCCGACGCUCAUCCCAUGGACAGUACUGGUCUCUUUGUUUAUGGCUUGGCUGUUGCAGUAGCCCUUCUUCUCGUCUUCAUUUACGACCAUUGCAGGUCUUCUGAGCUUGAUACUAUCCCUGCGAUUGGUCCAUCAGGGGCAGUCUCUUCAUGGCUCGGCGCGGUCCGGUUCAUAAAGGAUGCUCCAGCCAUGGUGCAAGAAGGCUAUCAGAAGCACAAAGGCGGAAUGUUCAGAGUGCCAUUGAUUGACAGAUGGGUAGUGGUCCUGACUGGGCCACGACUAAUAGAGGAGUUGAGAAAGGUGCCGGAGGACGAGCUUUCGUUUGAUCAUGCUAUGCGAGAUCUUCUUCAAGUCAAAUAUACAUUUGGCGUCGAUGCGCAAGAAUAUCCAUAUCACAUACAAGUCACUCGCAACCAUCUCUCUCGAAACCUUCAGGCGCUCUUUCCUGACGUUUACGACGAGAUCAACCACGCAUUCAGCACGAUCACACCAUUAGACCAAGAUGGUUGGACCCAGGUUCGCAUAUACCCGGAAAUCAUGAAGGCUAUGUGUCGCGUAAGCAAUCGCAUCUUUGUUGGGCUUCCGCUAUGCCGAUCCCCUGAAUUUGAAGCCCUGCAACAGCAAUUCGCUUUACAAGUGGUAUUGCGUGCAACACUCGUGAAUUGUUUCCCAAAAUUUGCACAUCCGAUCAUUGGUCGAUUAUUGACGAACACGCCUAGUAGCAUUAGGAGAUGCAUGGCACUUCUUGAACCUAUCGUGCAGGAACGACUGCAGGCUCUAGAUCAAUUCAGGGACGAAUGGAAUACUCAACCGAAUGACAUGAUUAGCUGGCUCAUUGACGUAUCCGACAAUGAGCACAGGAAUCUUCGGAGUAUAUGCUUGCGGAUUUUGGUCCUCAAUUUCGCUGCAUUACAUACAUCAGCUCAGAGCCUCACCCACGCUCUAUUAAACCUUGCUACAUACCCUCAAUAUUGCACACCCCUUCGAGAGGAAGCUUCAGCUGUUAUUAAUAAAGAUGGAUGGACAAAGACUGCGAUGACGAAACUCGUCAAGAUGGACAGCUUUCUCAAGGAAUCCCAGCGAUUCAAUAGCACCACUCUCUUCCCUAUGAUGCGCAAAGCAAUGCGGCAAUUCGUAUUCUCGGAUGGUACUGUAAUACCCAGCGGAACUCACGUUGUUGUCGCUUCAUUACCCAUGCAUCUCGACGAGGAAUAUUUUAAAAGCGCAUCUGAGUUCCAACCUUUCCGGUUUUCACAGCGGCGCGAGGACGAUGGAGAAGACCCACAAAUCCUGCUAGCUUCCACAAGUGCAAGUUAUAUCCCUUUUGGGUAUGGGCAUCAUGCUUGCCCCGGUCGCUUCUUUGCUUCUAGUGUGAUGAAGGCGAUGAUGGCUUAUCUUGUGCUAAACUAUGAUAUUAAAUUGGAGAAAGAAGGCGAGCGUCCUCCAGAUGAAUGGUUUAUGAUGAAUUGCUCUCCAAACCGGAAGGCAGAGGUCAUGUUUAGACGGCGACGGUCCACAUGAUACUUGAAUGUAACGAUUUCACAUGCAUAUUAGACACCCAGAUAAUAGAUAAUGGCCGCAUUGUUCACUACUUCAUUGUUUCCAGCAAUAGCACAUCG